AUGAACCUCCCCCAGUUCCCCUCGUCAUUCUUGGGGGCGGAGGCUGCGCGGGACUCUGCGGCGGAGGGCGAGCAGUUCCCCGUUAACUUCUACACGCCGGACGGCGUUGUUGCCGAGGGCAAGAUCGACCAGGUGGUGCUGCCUGGCGUGGAGGGCGUGUUUGGCGUUAAGGCCAACCACGUGCCCAUCAUCGCGCAGCUGAAGCCUGGCCUGGUAGAGCUGCACGACGGCACUGAGGUGCAGAAGUUCUUCGUCAGCGGCGGCUUUGCGCUCGUGCACCCCAACAGCGUCACCGACAUCUGCGCGGUCGCGGCGGCGCCGCUUGAGCAGUUUGACGGUGCGGCGGUAAAGGCGGCGCUGCAGCAGGCCCAGGCGGCGCCCAGCGGCGACGACUUCGACGCCGCCGUCAACCGUGCGGCGACUGAGGUGUUCAGCGCCCUGGACGCCGCGCUGGAGGCCAAGUGA